AUGGAUCGCCCGGAAACGAGCGGAGAAUACGAGACUGAUGAACUGAUGCGAUUGAUGAAAUGCAACGAUUUUAUCUUGGAAUCUCAAGCGGAAGAAGUGGUCGAAAGUUGUUUGAACAAGAAACUUUUCUUCAUCAAAAGCGCCGCCGAAAGUCUCAGUCAGAAUUACAAAGGAUCAUCACAUUUAUGCAAUCUAAUAUUUGAUUGGUUUAACGCUAUCGGUUUGGAUCCAACAGAGACGAAAGAGGAAAACACAUCGAAUGAAGAAAAAGCGACGGAAGAGGAGAAAGAAACACCGACAACUAGCAAAAAGAGAAAGAAGAAUGUGACCAAGAAAGAGAAAGAGGCCAGUCCGAAGAAGGAAAUUCAAAAAAGUCCCACAUUUAACACGAUUUCCACAUACGUUGAAGACACCCUGGCCACGAUGUUAAAAAAAGAAUUCCAACCGGAUUGUGCGGAUUCGAUUUUCGGAGAAUUGGGCGGUGGAAUCGAAUGGUUGCCGGAGCUCAUCUCUUGCAAAAUUUGGCGUGAAAUGAUCUACACUCUAAUCGAAAGUCAUCCACAAUGCUUGAUGCUGAAUUUUGCAGUGAAACUGAUUUCCGAUGCCGGCUACCAAACUGAAAUCGCCAAUGUGAACACCGCUACUCAACAGUUGGAAAUUUUCACUCGAAUCUUUCUCACAUCAAUCGAUUCCUUACUGAGCGAGUACCGAAAUGGAGAACACACCGCACAAUAUGAGACACAAUUGGCAGAGUUGGUUCGAAUCGUCUGCCAAUCUGAGCACACCUACCUGUACACGGCAGCGUUGUUGGAGGUUUUAUCUCGUGAAGUGAAUGGAAUCGAUUCGGCCGCUUGUCACCACAUUCUUCAAACUCUUCGCUCAACACUUAAAGGACAUGAGCAAGAAACGACUGCUUUCCGAUGCGCCAUGUUACAUACAGCUGAAGAUCAGGUAGCAAGUCACGUUGUCCAAGCACUCUUGACGAUGACGAGCAAGCAAGAGUUGAAUCCAGCCGAUAUUUCGCAUAUCUAUCAGCAAUACAUUUUGCCACAUCCGCCGCCAGCCGAAGUGAUCCGGGAUCCGCUCUUCAUUGAAAUGCUCAUUGAUUCGUUAUUCCAUUGUGAUGGAUCAAAAGUAAACAUGGAGCAUCGCGAGAAAUACAUCUAUCUACUUGCCUACGCCUCGUCAGUUUUUGAGUCCUACAAGAAUAAACGGAGAAAUCAAACUCGAGUCGAAUUGGACGUGACGAGAUCGGCGAUCGAGCGAGCGACGAGUUUAAUCGAGAAUCUCGAUGAGGUGCUCUCCGAGCUGCCCGAUUUGUUGAGAGAGGCUCGAGUACCGGUAGUGGCCACCGGAUUGCUCUACUUUGCCGAAACCUAUCUCCUAUCUGAAUCAAGAAUUGGAGAUCUUCCAGUGUGGCCUUUUGUCCUUAUCGAUCAAACAGCUUCCCUUCAUCCAAAUCUUCACUCAACCGCUUUCACCCUUUGCACAAAACUCUACGAGAAAGUCUCGAAACAACCCGAAGCUGCUGAGGUGAUAAUGGAAAGACAACGACUUCUUGUUGAUCGUUUCAUUCAUCUCUUCAGCAUCGGAUUCGCGAUUCCUGUGCUUGAAAAAAUUCAUAAAAUGUAUCGAGAUGCAUUGAUUGACUCGAGUCUUGUGAGAUAUUUCUCGAUAGAGGUGUUGGAGAUUGUUUCUCCUCCUUAUUCAAAAAUCCUGUCGAAUCUUCUCAUUCAAUUGGUGAGCGAUGAAGAGAUUUUUGAGGUUUCUUUACGAGAAAAACACCCGAUUGUCUCCGAAUUCAUUGCACAUUAUCAAAGUGGACAGAAAAAU